AUAACAUUUUCACAGGUUGUAGAAUGGUUAAUCAGCAAUCCUGGAACUAAUCCAUUGCCAUUGGAAGUAAAUGCUGUAAACAAGAGUGGUCUAACAGCACUUGACGUUCUACUAAUUUUCGCAAGCGAAGCCGGAGACAGAGAAAUCGAAGAGAUUCUUCGCAAUGCAGGAGCUAGGAGAGCAAGAGAUAUGAUCAUGAGCCUCUCAACUACACCUCCAUAUGAAAUCACUAAUAACAAUAUUCAAACCCCAUCAGCAGCAAAUGGUCCAACCACAUCAGAUCUCUGUGCAGACAAUUUGGUGAACUACUUCAAGUUCAAGAGGGGCAGAGAUUCGCCAAGCGAUGCUCGAACAGCGCUGUUAGUAAUAGCGGUAUUAGUAACAACAGCAACAUUUCAAGCAGGACUUAACCCUCCAGGAGGUGUUUGGCAGGACACAGAGUCAAAUGGGGGUCCAAGGAAUCCUUCACAUGAAGCAGGAAGGUCCAUUAUGGGUUCAUAUCACCCAGUAACAUAUUUACUAUUCAUGGUUUUUAACUCCAUUGGAUUCUCAAUUUCUAUUUAUAUGAUCACCGUGCUCAUAAGCAAUUUCCCAUUCCUGUGGGAGUUUCGAGCCUGUGUUUUGGCUCUCUAUUUUACAUACAACAUUGCAAUUACUUCCAUGGCACCUAACAGCUUGAAAGUCUUCCUCACUGCAUUUUCUUCAGCUUUGCCGUCUUUGUCCCCAUUGAUAGCCAAGCUCGUUAGCAAACUUAUAAUGGCUUCCAGAGGAUUUCUUACACAUCUCAAGCACAGAUUUACUUGUUAAAGUGCUGUUCUCAAUGAUUAUUAUUGUUUUUUACUUAUUUAUUUUUGUUUAUUAUUGUGUGACAUUGAUAAAUAAAUAUACUGGGAGUAUGAUCUUGGUACGUUGUGUUAAUAAGAGGA